AUGCCUAUCUUUCAUUUACUUUUAGCGUCUGGAAUUCUUGCAACAGGAAUGGAAUCAGCUAAAGUUCUUCGACUUUUCAAUUCCUUAAAGAUUCCUAAUGUGAAGCGACGGGAGUUAUCAAAUAUUUUAAAGAAUUAUGGUAUUCCAGCUGUAUACGAAGUUUGGCAAAAAGAGCAAUCUGCACGGCUAAAAGAAAUUGAGGGAAAACCAGUUGUAAUUGCAUCUGAUAUGCGUGUUGACAGCCCUGGUCACUGUGGUCUUCUUGGAUCGGGAAGUACGCUCGACAUGGGACGAAACAUCAUAUUGGAUACACAAAUAAUUAAGGUAAUGCACAUUGAAAAUAAUAACUAUGAAUGAAAACUUGUGUUUGCGAAAUUAAUACUAAUGCAAAAUUAAUAAAUAAUUAACUAAUAAAUAGCGAAUAUAAAUCAAGUACAGCCUUUUAAUAAAAAGUAAUAAUUAAUAGCAAUAAAAUUCAUUUUAAAUAUGCUCAUAAAUAGUUCAUGCUUGAUAGGCCUGUUUCACAUGUCCAACAUUUCAUGUGCGGGUGUGCCCAAGCAAAGGCAAAUGACCUGAAGUAACGUUAUAUUUGUUUGAGCUCAUUUGCAUUUGGUUAGGCACAUGAAAAUUGAGAUGUGAAACAGGCUUUAUAAUUCUGAGAAAAUUAUUGUCAUUUUAAUAUUUUCAUAGUCUACAGAAGUAAAAAAUUCAAAUGCAAUGGAGCUAGAAUCUUUGAAAAGGCAACUUAAAUGCUUGGAGGACAAUAAAGUUCAGGUGACCAAACUUGUGACAGAUCGCCACACUCAAGUCUCGGCAUACAUGGCAAAUGAGAAACCAGAUGUUGAGCAUUCUUAUGAUGUUUGGCAUGUGGCAAAAGGUAGGUAAAACUUACAUUACAUGGUACUGUAUGCCUGCAUGUUUACAUUCUUUGCAGGUAGGCAAAAGCAAUUUGCUAAGCUAGGGGCAGUGGGUAUUAAAUUUUCUUUACACUAGUGUUCAUUAUUUUAAAGGUGAAAAGAAGAAAUUGACAAAGCUUGUAAAGAAAAAGAAAUUCCAGUCAAUUAAGCCAUGGAUUGGGGUAAGUAAUACAUAUUACAAUGCACAGUAUUAGAUAGUAGACAGAUCGCACUAUUACCAAUAAUAUAUCAAUAAUGAUUAACAUGUUCAUUAAUUUUGUUGUUUGGCAGUCCAUUGUUAAUCAUAUUUACUGGGUUGGUGAUUCAAGCAAGGCUGCUGAUGAGAGGGAGGAAAAAUGGCGCAGUAUUCUGAACCACAUUGUGAAUGUUCACAAACAUGAUGGCCAUAAGACCUUUGUUGAAUGUCUUCAUGGCCCACUAGAAAGAGAAUGGCUUAAACAAGGUUGGGUAAAAUAAGAAGUUGAACUAUUUAUAGGCAUGUUUAAAUUAGACAUUAACUGAAUGUAGGCUAAUAAUAGUAUUGUGCCCAACUUCCCAAUGUGCCCUACUUUAUUAUUUACUCUCCCCAUGACGAGUAAAAUCGUCUGGUGUUAGAUAGAGUAACAUACUGUAAUAAAGUAGGACGCAAUGCAACUAAAUGGGUUAACUAGACAAAUGGACAGAUAGGCCAGUUACCCAUUAAAUGCCAGCGCUCUUCCCUUGAUGAGUAAAAUCGUCUGGUGUUGGACAGAGUAAAAUAAUAAAGUACGGCACAUCAGGGCACAAUGCAACUCAAUGGGUUAAAUGCCAGACGAUUUUACUUGGAGGGUCUUGCAUACUAACAGGUUAGUACAAGCAUUUAUAUUUUAUUCGUAUUAUUGCAGGAUCUGCUGCAUACAAAAAAAUAACAGAGAUGUUAACUAGGCCUCGACUAAUUACAGCAAUUCGUAAGCUAUCCCAAUACCAUCAAACAUCUGGUUUGGAGGCUAAACAUGCUCUGGAUAACGUCCUUGCGUCAAAAAACAUAUACCAUCCCUAUCAUUCAUUAAGUGCAAGGUGAGGUUCUCUUUUUCUAAUAUUAACAGCAUAAAGUUAACAUAUCUAUGUGAUCAUGUACAUUUGAGUUAGGUGUGCUACAUCUGUACAUUUCAGUUAGGUGUGCUACAUCUGUGGUUACACAGGCAAACAACAUUGUAGUUAUUUGAAAAAAUAGCAAACACCUAGCCUGUGAAUAUAAAUAGAAUAUUUUAAUAUAUUCGCGAGCUAGCAAACACCAGGUGGUUUCCUAUUUUGAUCAUAAAGUGUAUGGCUUUUGUUUUUUAAAAUUUGAUAUUGUUUCUGCAGGUUGUACUAUUCAAACUUGCACUAUAAUGAAAACAGCAAUAGGAAACAAGCUACAACAGUUGAUGGGAAGCUUAGAUGGGUAAUUUCAUAUCCCAAGGCAUUUAAAGGAGAAAAGGCAGUAGCAAAACCAUUGAAAGAAAUGCCAACCUAUGGUAAGAAUUAUAUUUUCCUGAUGUAGGCCUUGCAUGCUAGUUAGCCAUGAAGUGGCAAUUGUGUGACCUCAUCUAUUUCGCCUGAUGCUUUGAUUUAAUAGAGAUUGGCUCAUUAACCAAUUUCACUGCAAUGCCUCCAAAUAGAUCCUACUUUAUUAUUUUGCUCUGCCUAACAUGCAUCUCAGCUGGGAGCAAGUCACUGACAAAUAAUAAUAGGUGCAAAAAAGAUUUUAAGUUAAAAAUUUAUUUUUAUAGGAUAUGUGGAAUUGAUUUUAAAUGAAGUUGUUCACCUAAGACACAAGUACCCAACUCUUAAGAAAGCCAAGGUUCAUGCAAAUGAAGUUCUACCAGUUGAACCAAAAUCAUUAGUUGAACAGUACUUGGCAGGAAAGGAUCGACCUUCAAAGGAACAGGUGGUAGCCAGUCGGAAAUCUCGGUUCAGUAAACCAGCUUUACCUGUAAAUAAAGAGAGAGAAUCAGAGAUAAAGCCUUGUGCAUGCAAAGGAAAAUGUGCCACAAGAAAGUGCGAUUGUAGGGGAAUGGAAGUGAUGUGUGACACCAAGUGCAAAUGUAAAAUAGAAAAGUGUAUUAACCGCGAAUGA